UUUAUUUUGUAAAAAACUAAUCAAUUUAAACUAAACACAUGUGAAUUCAAGAAGUGAAGGGCCCCCGGGCUUUGGCAAAGUGUAUGCAAAAGACUAUCGAACUCUGAUCAAGCCCGGUUUAGCCCACACCGAUUUUUGUCGUUUUUUAGUGCUUUUCUUGUGCUGUUUAAAAUGAAAAAAAGAACAUAUGUUCCGUCAAUUAAUUCAUCAACAAAUUCGUGGGAACAAGUAGUCUGCGGGCGGACGUGCGCGAUUUUGUUUUGUUUUUAAUUUGACGCCAAUCGAGCCGCAGAAACUAUAUACACACAUUCCGUUGAAACCACUCUAUUCGCGCGAUAUUCGGUAUUCGCCGGCAACAUUGCAACAACAACAAAGACAACAACAGAAGCAGCAAUUGCAGCAUUAACAGCAGCCGCAGCAGCAGCAAAUUCGCAGAAGCGCCCAGCUAGCCAAAAGCAAUCCUCCUCCGAAAGAAGCAAACAGAAGUCAUGGAUCACGCCCACCACAGUGCAGCUGGAGUUGAUCAUUCCAUGAUGCAUCACGAUCAUGCGGGCAUGCAUCACGAUCCCAGUGGAGCUGUGGCAGCCACUGUUGCACCCUCGGACGCUGGUUCACUGUUUGAUUUGAUACCCGACACAAAUGUCCAUGCGGGUCAUGCCCAUCACAAUCACGGAGGUGGCGGCUCUGGGACCGGAAUGGAGCACAUGAUGCCCAUGGCGUUCCAUUUUGGGUACAACGAGACCAUCUUGUUCUCCUGGUGGCAUAUCGAAACGGUGGCCGGACUGGUCGGCUCCAUGAUAGCCAUCUUCCUGCUGGCCCUCAUGUACGAGGGUCUGAAGUACUAUCGCGAGUAUCUGUUCUGGAAGACAUACAAUUUAAUGGAGUAUCGCCCGGUGACGGGACCACAACGAAAUCCAGAGGCGCCGCGUCUGCCAUCACCGGCGGCGGCGGCUCCCUCGCCCGUGCAAUACGUGGGCGAAGUUGUGCACAAGCAACCACCCUCGAUGCUGUCGGUUACCCACCUGCUCCAGACACUGCUGCACGUCCUCCAGGUGACGCUCUCCUUCCUGCUCAUGCUGAUCUUUAUGACCUACAACGUCUGGCUCUGCCUGAUGGUGGUGCUGGGCGCUGCCGUUGGCUACUUCCUCUUCUGCUGGAAGAAAUCGGUCAUUGUGGAUGUGACGGAGCAUUGUCACUAGCAGAGGAGGACAGACGGCAGCCUCAGUCGCAGGUGUCUCACGAUGGAUGAUGAUGAUGUUGAGGAGGAGCAGCAGCGGCGGACUGGAUCCUGAGACGGAGGCGGUGACCGUUGGUGCUAAGAACCCUGGAAUUCCCGGAAGCUCUCCACCCCACACAAACACACAGACACACCCUGCUACUUGCUACUCUCUAGGUAUUAGCCUGUAACUAACUCUUAGCCCCCCACCCAGCCCCUGGAAGGAUGGAGGAUUUCUCGCAAAGGAUGAUCGCCAUCAAGUCGAUGUAGUGUACAGUGUGCCUAUUAAAAAAAAAAAACAGACAUGCUUACAUAUAGCUUACUAUUAAGAAUCGGAAAUCGGAAAGCAAUCAGUUUUUUCUUCUUUUUUUUCUUUUUGGUACUCAGUCUUUGUUCCCUUCCGUUUCCUUCCGAUUUCCCACCACCCGAAAAGCAAAUAUCAAUAUUUUUUUAUCACGAUUAUUAUACCAUUAUGUAUCCCCCUUAUAUUAUACAACUACGAUUAUUAUUAUUAUUAUUAUUUGGUAAUAAAAUCCAAUUUUCAUACA